GCUGAUGACGCUCUGCCGGCUUUUUGGCGGUAUUGUUUAUAAAUAAAAUUAUCCUAUUAAACGGCAUUCAAAAAUGUCCUGAAUGGCGUCUGAAUCGGACAGCACUACAUCCUGUUUUGUUCCACAUCUGGUCGAACAAGUCUUCAAUUUAUAUCGGAGUAAAGCAGAGUCCAAGAGCCUAACAGAAGAGGAACGUGGACAGUUCUUUUACGAUCUAUCCACUUUAUUGGGCCAGGAACUGGUCCUAAAAUCGCUGCACCUCCUGGACGACCACAACUUCGCCUUCUUCCACGCCAAAAACAAUCGAUCCGUGUGCGUGGUAGAGAUUUCCAAGGGAAACGAGUUCUUCCGCUUGAUUCCGGGCGUAAGUUUCUGCAAGUGCGAGUUCUUCCAGUGCCACGUGCUGCAGUUGCCCCGAGGCAUCCUCUACCCCGACGUCCCCAGUGGCCAACAGGGCAUUUUGGAAGACUGGAGCGAGGAUAGCUGGGUGUCCUUCACCUGCCCGCACAUCCUGGCAUUGCGGCUCCAUCAAUUUCUGAAGCACACGGGUCGGAAAACCAGCGAGCAGAUCCUUAAGAAGGAAGAUAUCAAGGAGCUGCAGAGGGACGUCUUUCGGGACUAG